UCCCUCUACAACCGGUCUUAAGAAGAUCUAGUUGACAUGCGAAAACUGUGAUAUGAGGACUGAAGAAGUUGCGAAGUCACAAUAAAAUUCCUCAAUCUUCCAUCAGUAGCUCUUUCCUGCCAUGUCACGUCUCAAAGUGCCUCUCAGUGUGGUCAUAGGAUUCGUCUCCUCUUUAAUCUCAACCCGGAUUUGUAUCAAGAUGAAUCAACUUCUUCUCAGCUUGAGUUCUCACUCUGAAAGAUUUUAUAAGAAGAAACUGUUCCAACGGGAUUGUCGAGUGAAAUUCAUCGCAGUGGUUGGACUCAAGUCUCAAACCAAACAGGUCUUACGAUUUACAGAUGAAGUCGAUGCAGAGAAACCAUUAUAUCCUGUGCUAGCUGUUCGAGCCAGCGCCGGUAUCGCCAGCUCGGCUUUUGGUUUCCUGCUGCAAACCACCAUGGGGAGAUAUUAUUAUCAAAGAUCAAUUCGAGGCAAUUAAUUCUACCCGCACCUGAUCAAUGGUGGCUAUUCCGCGGUUCAAACACGGGCGAAUGGCUCGGGAGAUGCUGACUAGGAAGGUUCCUUCACC